AUGCGGAGCUUUCUGUCUGUUCUCAGCGUUUUAGCUGCCGUCAGUGUGGUUAGCGUAGCUGGCCAAGAAGCUCCUGCUGACCCAGCUUGUGUGGAUUCUUGCAACAACGACGUUAGAAACACCCAAUUCGCAGAGUUUGGCUGUACCAAUGCCAACGAACCUGGUUGCCUUUGCACGGUCGAGAACUUCCGCUAUAGUGUGAGGGAUUGUUCCACCUCUCGAUGCACCGGCACCACGGAAGCCCAAGUCAGCGGGUGGUUCGACACCAACUUUUGUGCCGGGUUUCCCGUCGACGGCGCCGUCGACGAAGGGUCUGCAACAACAUCUGCCGCUGAGGAACCGGCGGCUACGACCACAUCGGCUGCUGAGGAGGAAGAGCAGCCAACCACGUCUGCGGCAGUGGAGGAAACUGAGAGCGCAGACUCAACAACCCUUGAGCCGACCAGCGACGCCGCCGCCGCAACGACGACCGCUCCAGAGGAAACCGAAAGCGCAGCUGCAAGCACCAGCGCAAGCGCUAUCCCUACCGAAGCCUCUGAAUCCGAAGAAACGACUUCCGCCGCAGAGACAUCCAGCAGUGAGACCAGCGAGACCUCUGCAGCAGAUGACGAGGAGGAGGAUGAUGAAGCAGCCGCCGGCACCGGGGGUCUGUCACAGGGCGCCGCUGUGGGCAUCGGUAUCGGCGUUGCUGUUGUCGUUAUUGCCAUCGCAGCAGUUGCCAUUGCUAUUCUUCUCCGGAAACGCAAGCAGAAGCAGCAGAGAGGCCCUCGACAUCCCGAUAUUUCAAGGCCUAUGCCUGACGUCGGCCGUGGCUACGGAUCCGGUGAUAAUGGUUCUUAUAUGGAGAAGCACGGUGAAUCUUUUGAGAUGACAUCGAACCGUUAUGAGGAUAUGGUCCCUAGGCAGGUGCCUCGUACAAUGGUUUGA